AUGUUGAUUACAAUAGGAAGGUGUGCGCUUCGAAUUGAAAAACAACUAUACAAACGUUGUUACUUUUCUUCUACCGUGCUGAAUACUCAGAACAAUGAUGAUUUUAUAUUACAAUGUGAUGAUAAUGUAACACUACGUCGUGAGGAUCCAAAAUUCUUGAAGGUCGCUAUUUUAGGUUUACCAAAUGUUGGAAAGAGUACUCUUGUGAAUACUCUUGUACGUCGCAAUAUAUGUCCCACAUCUUUAAAAGUUCAUACAACACAGCAUAAGGCUGAAGCAGUGUAUUUGGAAGGUGAUACACAAAUUGUAUUCGUAGACACUCCUGGGUUAGUAACAAAUCAUGAGCUGAAGAAGUACAAAUUAAUGGCAUCUUAUAAGCAAGAUCCAGAAGUAUCAGCAUCUGAAGCAGACAUUAUAGGAGUAGUACAAGAUGUUACCAAUGUAUAUACUAGGUAUAAAAUCAGUGAUUUUGUCAUUGAUUAUUUAAAACAGAAGAAAGAGGACACGCCUCUACUAUUGAUUUUGAAUAAAGUCGAUAAACUUAAACAAAAACAGGUCUUAUUAGAAUUGAUAAACAAGCUUACAAGUAAUGCAGAUUAUCCAAAGUUUGAUGAUAUUUUCAUGGUAUCCGCCCUCAGUGGAGAUGGUGUAAAUGAUUUAAGGACUUAUCUGUGCGAUUGUGCUAAAGCAAAGGAUUGGCAGUAUGAUCAGAACUUGUGUACAGAUCAGUCAAUUGAUACUAUAGUGGUAGAAACAGUAAGAGCUAAAUUAUUGGAUCUCCUUCAAGACGAGGUACCAUACAAUAUACAAAUAAGGCUAGAACAUUUAGAUAUUGGAGAAGAUGGCACUAUGAAUAUUUUAGUGUCACUAAACUGUGAUAAAAGACGUUACCAAGGGAUUUUAUUAAGAAAAGAUGGGCAAAUGGUAAAACUGGUAUCACAGUUAACAGAAAAGGAAUUACAGCAUGCCUUUAGGACUAAUGUAGUGAUACGUCUGAGUGUAAUAUGUGCAAAGGAAAAAUCUGAUAAAUAAAUAAUUUAAACUAAUAAGUCCGUGUAUGUAAAAUA